AUGGUAUUUCUUCUUCAAGAAAAUAACUUAAAUAUGGCCUCCCAUGGCGGUAUCACUGUUACAACAUCAUCACCUAAAGGCGGCAGUGGACGAGAGUCCCUUUCUGGGUCUGUGAAUUCACCAAAAGGGCAGUGCUUGUGUUCGCCGACGACCCAUAAAGGGUCUUUCCGGUGCCGAUUUCACAGGUCGAGUUCGACGGCGUGGUUAAAGAGAUCGAAGUCCAUGCCUCCGAGUGACAGCGUUUCUUCUCUCUCUCCGAAAUCAGUGGAGUCUACGUAA